GCCUCCAGCAGAGCCAGAGGACAAAGGGAAAGGGUUUUUCUCGACGAUCCUCAAACCAGCGUGGCCCUUGAGUUUGUUCCGAUCAGUUUCUCCUCAGCCAACUACACAGCAAGAGCCUUUGGAGAAACCGUCACCGGAGCCUCCACGAGCAGCGUCCAUACCAAAAGACCUUGGAAAGCCUCCGACUGGACGAAGGCCUGAAGAGAUCACAAGGUGGGAACCACGACGACUAUCGGAGGUGGGGCAGCCACCCAAGUUUGUCGCUCCCCUGCAAGACGUCGAAGUGCCCGCGGGCUACCCUGCCACACUGGAUUGCAAAGUCACCGGAGCACCGAAGCCGAAAAUUACGUGGUACAAACAAGGCGAAGUGGUCAAGUACUCCCAAGAGACCAGCUUAUACUAUGACACAGAAGGCAACUGCUCAGUCACCAUUCACAGAACUGUUCCUGAAGAUUUUGGGGAGUUUGUCUGUGAAGCACGAAACAAGCACGGCGUUGAGAAAACAGAAGCUGAACUCGUCCAACUUGAUUUGAAGUCCAUGUUACCUAUGCGCAAGACGCCGAAGAAGACGAACGAAGUUGAACUUGAGUUUGCGCCUAUGAAGCCUCGCUUCGAGUUACCACUACGCGGCCACGUGCAGCAGCCCCUGGGUACACCGGUUACCUUGGAAUGCAUAGCCAGAGGCCGGCCACAGCCAAGGGUUCUGUGGUACCACAACGAUGUCCUCAUUGUGCCUAAUCCAGAAGACGAAAAAGGGAAAAUGUACACCAUUACGAUCCUCAAUGAUAGAUCUAUGUUGCAUAUCAUCGAACUGAACCAACAGACUGAAGGUGUAUACAGGUCGACAGCCGUUAACGAAGCUGGAGAGAAGAGCACAGAAUGUACUGUUACGAUAGGAGAACGGCUACCUCAGUACCAGCCACCAGAGCCAGAGAAAGAACGCGUCACUACAAAGGAAUCAACGGUCUUCUUGCGAACCCCUCGUGAAACGCAGGAACUUAGUGUGGAACAUAAGGACACCAAGAAAGAAACCAUCCAACAGGAGGUAACGGAAUUCACCGAACUCAUAACAAGACGCGUUAAACGUGUACCGGAACCAGUACAAAAGGAGAAAUCUCCCGAAGUACCGGAAUUCGUGACGAAAAUGCUUAAGCCAAUACCGAGAGAGGCCAAGGUAGUUGAAGCUCCAGUUCAAGAACGUGAAACAGAAUACAUCGAAAUCAAAGAAGCAGAAAAAGUGUCCGUAGAAGACAUCAGUAUCGUCCGAGUGCGUGAACCAGUACCGAAAGAAAAGUCCCCCGAUGUACCAGAAUUUGUGACCAAAGUUCUUAAACCAACACCUAGACGUCCCAAAGUAGUUGAAGCACAACUUGAAGUACGGGAGACGGAAGAAAUAAUUGAAGUCGAGGAACCUGAAGGUGUUUCUGUGGAAGACACUAGCUUUAUUCAAAUACGUCGGAGAGAGAAGUCUCCUGAGGAAGUACCAGAGUUUGUUACAAAGGUUCUCAAGCCAACGCCUAGGCAACCAAAGGUUGUUGAGACGCCAUUCGAAGUGCGUGAAACAGAAGAGAUCGUCAAAGAGCCAGAGAAGGUGUCCGUGGAGGAUACAAGUUCUAUUCAAGUACGUCGAAAGGAGAAGUCUCCCGAAAAGGUGCCAGAAUUUGUUACCAAGGCGCUCAAGCCAACACCUAGGCAGCCCAAGGUAGUCGAGAAACCUCUUGAAGUACGUAAACCAGAAGAGGUCGUUGGAGUCAAAGAACCAGAAAAGGUGUCUGUGGAGGACACUACUUUUAUCCAAGUACGUCGAAAGGAGAAGUCUCCCGAAAAGGUGCCAGAAUUUGUUACAAAGGCGCUCAAGCCAACACCUAGGCAGCCCACGGUAGUCGAGAAGUCGCUUGAAGUACGUGAACCAGAAGAGGUCGUUAGAGCCAAAGAGCCAGAAAAGGUUUCUGUGGAAGACACUAGUUUUAUCCAAGUACGUCGAAAGGAGAAGUCUCCCGAAAAGGUGCCAGAAUUUGUUACAAAGGCGCUCAAGCCAACUCCUAGGCAGCCCAUGGUAGUCGAGAAGCCGCUUGAAGUACGUGAACAAGAAGAGGUCGUUAGAGCCAAAGAGCCAGAAAAGGUUUCUGUGGAGGACACUAGUUUUAUCCAAGUACGUCGAAAGGAGAAGUCUCCCGAAAAGGUGCCAGAAUUUGUUACCAAGGCGCUCAAGCCAACACCUAGGCAGCCCAAGGUAGUCGAGAAACCUCUUGAAGUACGUAAACCAGAAGAGGUCGUUGGAGUCAAAGAGCCAGAAAAGGUGUCUGUGGAGGACACUAGUUUUAUCCAAGUACGUCGAAAGGAGAAGUCUCCCGAAAAGGUGCCAGAAUUUGUUACAAAGGCGCUGAAACCAACACCUAGACAGCCGAAGGUAGCUGAGGUACCAAUAGGAGUACGUGAAAUAAUACAGCAAGAAAAAGUUACCAUAGAGGAUAUCAGUGUUGUGGAAGUGAAAAGGGGGUCUUUAACUGUUGCGACAGAAAAGGUGUCUGAACUGGAGAAGGCACCAGAAAAAGAAAAAGUGCCCGAAUUCAUCAAAAAGGUGCUCAAGCCGACUCCUGGGGUCACAAAACGCGCAGAAACAAGCGAGGAAGUUCGCCCGAUAGAAGUUGCUGAAGCAAUACCAAAGGUACAUGAAGAAUCUGUUUCAAUGUUGCUCACACGAAGGGCAAAACCCAAAGCACACGAAGAAGUAAAGAAAGUGGAGGAGGAGGCCGCGAAAGCCCCUGAAGUCAUGGAAACGUUUUCCGCAGUCGAGACCCUCACACGCAGAGUGAAGAAGCUAGAGGAGAAGGUGCCGGAGAAAGUAACAGUGGAGGAGAUAACGCUUAUCAAGAAGAAAGAGAAGCCCAGAGAAGUAACUGUUGUAUCAGAAGAAACGCCUCAAAUUGCCGAGGUUGCUACCCGUCAGGUAACAGAGGUGGUAACGGAAGCACUCAAACGCGAACAACAGAUUACAGAGGUCAGUUACGAGACAAUUCAAAUGCAAGAAGAAAAACAAACUAUUGAGCUGAAGCCAGCUCCAAAGGUAAGGAAGCCUAAAAGGAAGCCCGAGGAAGAGAAGCCACAGCUUUCCGAAGUGAAAGACAUACCCGUUUGCGUAGAAGCUGUUGCACGACCGGAAGAAAAGCCAGAGCCAGCGCCCACAAAGAAAGUAAGUGUAGAACAGGUCACCAUCAUCAAAAAAGAGAAACCUCGUGACAUUACUGUCGAGGCUGCUGAGAUUCCUCGAAUUGAAGAGGUUACCUCUCGCCAGAUCACAGAAGUCACGGCAGAAGCUCGUGAGCUUCCUCAUGAAGUGACAGAGGUGCGCUAUGAAACUGAAGAAGUAGUGCAAGAGGUAGAAACCACUCAGCUUAAGCCUAAGAAGGUGAAGAAGCCAAAGAAAGAAGAGCCUCGUGAAGAAAAGCCCGAGGUUGCAGAGGAGGUGGAGAAGCCUAUUGAAGUGGAGACCCUUGCACGACCAGAAGAAAAACCAGAACCCAUACCAAAAGAAGUCACAGUAGAAGAGGUAGUAGUCUUCAAGAAAGAGGAACCAAGAGAGAUAACUGUCCAGGCAGAAGAAAUUCCACAAAUCGAAGAAGUGACCACUCGCGAAGUCACCGAGGUAAUCACGGAAACUAAAGAGCGACCAGAGGAGGUUGUCGAAGUCCGCUAUGAAACUGAAGAAGUAGUCCAAGAGGUAGAAACCAUCCAGCUUAAGCCAAAGAAGCCCAAGAAGCCAAAGAAAGAAAAGCCUCAUGAAGAAAAGCCUGAGGUUGCAGAGGAAGUGGAGAAGCCCAUCGAAGUGAAGACCCUUGCCCGACCAGAAGAGAAACCACAAGCCACACCAGCAGAAGAGGUCACCGUAGAAGAGGUAGUAGUCUUCAAGAAGGAGGAACCUAGAGAGAUAACUGUCCAGGCAGAAGAGAUCCCUCAAAUCGAAGAAGUGACCACUCGCCAAGUCACCGAGGUCAUCACCGAAACUAAAGAGCGCCCAGAGGAGGUUGUCGAAGUCAGCUUUGAAACUGAAGAAGUAGUGCAAGAGGUAGAAACCAUCCAGCUUAAGCCCAAGAAGCCGAAGAAGCCAAAGAAAGAAAAGCCUCGUGAAGAAAAGCCUGAGGUUGCAGCGGAAGUGGAGAAGCCCAUCGAAGUAGAGACCCUUGCCAGACCAGAAGAGAAGCCACAACCCACACCAGAAGAAGAGGUCACCGUAGAAGAGGUAGUAGUGUUCAAGAAAGAGGAACCUCGAGAGAUAACUGUCCAGGCAGAAGAAAUUCCUCAAAUCGAAGAAGUGACCACUCGCGAAGUCACCGAGGUCAUUACGGAGACUAAAGAGCGCCCAGAGGAGGUUGUUGAAGUCCGCUAUGAAACUGAAGAAGUAGUGCAAGAGGUAGAAACCAUCCAGCUUAAGCCCAAGAAGCCGAAGAAGCCAAAGAAAGAAAAGCCUCGUGAAGAAAAGCCUGAGGUUGCAGAGGAAGUGGAGAAGCCCAUCGAAGUGGAGACCCUUGCCCGGCCAGAAGAGAAACCACAACCCACACCAGAGGAAAAGGUCACCGUAGAAGAGGUAGUAGUCUUCAAGAAAGAGGAACCUCGAGAGAUAACUGUCCAGGCAGAAGAAAUUCCUCAAAUCGAAGAAGUGACCACUCGCCAAGUCACCGAGGUCACCACCGAAACUAAAGAGCGCCCAGAGGAGGUUGUCGAAGUCCGUUUUGAAACUGAAGAAGUAGUGCAAGAGGUAGAAACCAUCCAGCUUAAGCCCAAGAAGCCGAAGAAGCCAAAGAAAGAAAAGCCUCGUGAAGAAAAGCCUGAGGUUGCAGAGGAAGUGGAGAAGCCCAUCGAAGUAGAGACCCUUGCCAGACCAGAAGAGAAGCCACAACCCACACCAGAAGAAGAGGUCACCGUAGAAGAGGUAGUAGUGUUCAAGAAAGAGGAACCUCGAGAGAUAACUGUCCAGGCAGAAGAAAUUCCUCAAAUCGAAGAAGUGACCACCCGCGAAGUCACCGAGGUCAUUACGGAGACUAAAGAGCGCCCAGAGGAGGUUGUCGAAGUCCGCUAUGAAACUGAAGAAGUAGUGCAAGAGGUAGAAACCAUCCAGCUUAAGCCCAAGAAGCCGAAGAAGCCAAAGAAAGAAAAGCCUCGUGAAGAAAAGCCUGAGGUUGCAGAGGAAGUGGAGAAGCCCAUCGAAGUAGAGACCCUUGCCAGACCAGAAGAGAAGCCACAACCCACACCAGAAGAAGAGGUCACCGUAGAAGAGGUAGUAGUGUUCAAGAAAGAGGAACCUCGAGAGAUAACUGUCCAGGCAGAAGAAAUUCCUCAAAUCGAAGAAGUGACCACCCGCGAGGUCACCGAGGUCAUUACGGAGACUAAAGAGCGCCCAGAGGAGGUUGUCGAAGUCCGCUAUGAAACUGAAGAAGUAGUGCAAGAGGUAGAAACCAUCCAGCUUAAGCCAAAGAAGCCGAAGAAGCCAAAGAAAGAAAAGCUUCGUGAAGAAAAGCCUGAGGUUGCAGAGGAAGUGGAGAAGCCCAUCGAAGUAGAGACCCUUGCCAGACCAGAAGAGAAGCCACAACCCACACCAGAAGAAGAGGUCACCGUAGAAGAGGUAGUAGUGUUCAAGAAAGAGGAACCUCGAGAGAUAACUGUCCAGGCAGAAGAAAUUCCUCAAAUCGAAGAAGUGACCACCCGCGAAGUCACCGAGGUCAUUACGGAGACUAAAGAGCGCCCAGAGGAGGUUGUCGAAGUCCGCUAUGAAACUGAAGAAGUAGUGCAAGAGGUAGAGACCAUCCAGCUUAAGCCCAAGAAGCCGAAGAAGCCAAAGAAAGAAAAGCCUCGUGAAGAAAAGCCUGAGGUUGCAGAGGAAGUGGAGAAGCCCAUCGAAGUGGAGACCCUUGCCCGGCCAGAAGAGAAACCACAACCCACACCAGAAGAAGAGGUCACCGUAGAAGAGGUAGUAGUCUUCAAGAAAGAGGAACCUCGAGAGAUAACUGUCCAGGCAGAAGAAACUCCUCAAAUCGAAGAAGUGACCACUCGCAAAGUCACCGAGGUGAUUGUGGAAACUAAAGAGCGCCCGGAGGAGGUUGCCGAAGUCCGCUAUGAAACUGAAGAAGUAGUGCAAGAGGUAGAAACCAUCGAGCUUAAGCCCAAGAAGCCGAAGAAGCCCAAGAAAGAAAAGCCUCGUGAAGAAAAGCCCGAGGUUACGAUGGUCGAAGAAAAGCUCACUGAAGUGGAGUCCAUCGGUCGACGAGAAGAGCCAACGCCAGAAGAAAAGGUUACCGUGGAGGAACUGGUAGUCCUCAAAAAGAAAGAACCAAGGGAGCUCACUGUCCAGGCCAAAGAAAUUCCUCAAGUCGAAAAAGUCACUACUCAAGAAAUGACAGAAGUCACCUUAGAGGCCAUAGAACACCCACAGGAGGUUACGGAAGUGCGCUAUGAGACUCAUGAAGUGUUCGAGGAAGCAGAAACAAUUCAGUUGAAACCGAAAAAGCCGAAAAAGGUGGUAAAACUGCAAGAGGAAGUCGAAGCUACACUGAUGACGCGCGUCUUACAGCCCUCUGUCGAGGUGUUAGAAGUGACACCUGACGACAGAUUGGGCACACUAGAAGCUGCCUAUAUGCCCGCUGAACAAGUAGCGCAGGAAGUGGAAACAGUGCUUGAUGAAACCGAAGAGCACGAAGAACAACCAGAGCAACCACUUCCAGGUUUGCUGGUACUUGCGGAAGUCCCGAGAGAAGUAGAGGAAAUACCUCGUGGAUAUGGCGAUGUGUUUACCGAAACAACUGUGCAACAGCGAGAAAUCAAAAUUUCGACCGAAGGCACUAGACGGUCACGUAAGACCGUCCAGUUCAAACAGCACCGAGAAUCAGGUGUUUCGAUUGAGGAAGUACAUGAAUACCAGAUACAAAAGGAGCGAUUCCCGAAUUUCCCUCUUGUGGAGCAACCAGAAGAUAUUGAUACAACCGAGCCUCAACACGAGACACCCGGCGAUGGAAUUGAGAUAUUGGAGGAUGUGCCAGAACUCAAACCUGAACCAGUUGUUGUUGAGCAAUGUGCACUUGAAGACACUGAAGAUUCUGACGCAUACCAAGAGCUCAUAACUGUGCAACAAGAACAGCAUAUGAAGGCCGCGCACAUUGAACAAGAAAAGACACCUUUAAGAGUAGUAUCUGUACAAAUAGUUACACCGUUGAGCACGACUGAUGUUAUCAGUGAUAAACAGAUUCCAGCCCCACGGAAGUCAACAACUGUGGUUGAAGAGUGCCGCCAGAUUGAUGUCGCACAAACUAUACCCCUUGAAUCGGCGUUGCCGAUGAUGUCUGAAGUUCAACAGGCUUCCAGCAGUUUGGUUAUGAAGGCUGAGCUCACACCACGUCACGUCUGUGAGUCUCUUGAGUAUGAGCUCCCAGAACACGGCUCUGUUUUGCCCCCCAUUACCAUACCGGGCAGCGUUUCAGCAACUAUCACGGACACAAAGCAGGAGGCAGCUGUUGAAGUUUCUACCGUUGCAGCUUCUGAACAAGCUACAGAGUUCUCUGACGAACGUAAAGAAGAACCUAUUCACCUCGAUGCCACGGUAAUGGACACCAAACAGCCCGUUAGUGUACUGCAGCCAUUGACCGGAGAAAGGGAAGAGCACCUGGACAUGCCUAAAGUUCAGCGUGUUAGUGCAAAGCCAUCCCUUACAGUAUGCACUACAGUACUGUCAGUAGAGGCGUCGCUGCCAGACGAAAAAGAGUCGUCAUUCACGCCACAGCGAGCUGAGCCUACAGAGUCGGUGCAAAGCAUUACGUCUGUAAAUCAGCUCCUCGCGGCUGUUGAAUGUGAGACUGAAGUAAAUAUUGCUGCAGACGAAGACGCUACACCUCGGAGCACUGCGCCUUUCUUCAUUCCCAAUGUUGCUCCCAUACAAGUGGAGGAAGUACUGGUUAAAGAAAGCGAGUACCCGUUAGCAGACACUUCUGGUGUUCUUUCACGAAGCGCAACGGUCUCUCUAACGCCUUUGCCACACUCGCUAGUGAGUGAGACAAUAUCUGGCGAGCUUGAAUCUCCUUUGCUACCGGAGCCAAUAAGUUCGCAAACGGCGGAGCAGCAGCUUGUCGUGACUGAAGAAGCUAUUCAAGCAACCGGUCAAGUAACAGCCGAGGACGUUACACCCUGGAGUGAUGUUCUUUACACGGGAGCGACACAUGCUCGUGAAGUUAUGCCUGCAGAAGUCAGGGCGCUCUCAUUGGGAAAUACGCCGUGCUACGAAACGGCCGGACCAGGCUAUAUAGAGCAGCUCCCAGAGACGCACCAAGUGCUUACCCGCGUGCACGAUGUUGUCGGGAAAUUAGUAGAGCAAGUUCUGCUAGAAGUUUACGAAAGCGGUAGCAUUUUGACUAGCGAUCUUCCAGAAUCCCACCGGGUGCAGGCUCAUGCUGUGCUUCCUUCUGUCAGCGUGCCUGCGGAGGAAGUGUUGACGCGAACGGAAGAGAGUAUCGAUGUUGUAUAUUCACAAGAAACCCCUCUUCUCCGACAGGCUAGUAUCUCACAGGUUCUACGGCAGCAGAUAGCUCCAGAAUGCACAGUCACAGAAGCUUUGGAUGCUUCAGCGGAUGUCGCUACUUUGCCAGUCCAUCAACGCGGCGACGCAUCUAUGGCUAUUGUGGAACAUCUGCCAACCUUGCAGCUUACCCAGACGGAGACUUACGAACAUUUUCCUUCUAGUGUGCCUGCAGUGAUCUCUCCGGUGCAUGAAUAUGCUCGUAUAGAAGGAUUCAGUGUACCAUUGUUGGUUACAGAAACAGCUACCGAAAUGCGUGAAGAGGACCUGAACCAGGCUGAAACGAUGCCCGCACAACAAGCCCAGCCGGGUAUAGAGCAGCGCCGAGAAUUGGUUGUUCAGCAGCCCGUCGUAGAAGACGCAACAGCAGACCUACAACUAGCUUCCACCCCCGCUCCUCGCACCGCUGACACUGUCGUCACACCGCUCACGCCACUUCACAUCCAAGAAGCAACGGUGCACACAUCUGAACAGCCCAUGGAUACAGGCAUGAUAGAGCACCGUGCCCAGUCCAUGCUUGUUCCCGCUAAAGGGAUACAUAUUGUUGAUACAACGCUCGCGGACAAAGAAGGGCCGUUAGAGCAUGUGGUCAUGCCGCGCCCCGUCGCUCCAGAAGCUACGUAUUCUGCCAUGGAAGCUCUAGCUAUUGAUAUGGUAGAUACUAUGAUCAAGGAAGCUCAACUCGUUGAAACGAAGCAGGCCAGCACUGUGAAAGCACCCUUCACGUUGUGCACAACUGACUCGCUAACAGUUACAGAAACAGAUGUGCUUGGCAAGGAAAGUACGCUAAGCGACGUCUGGACGGUACCUUCUGCAUAUGCAACUUCUACAGUGAAACAAGAACAGUCCCUCGUUGUUAUGGAAACACCCGUUCUUAGCAGAGAAGAUGUUCUGGAAACGCCAUCUCCAUCUCAGACCACUGCUAGGGAGAUAAUCAUGGCACGAGAUUCCUUAUCCAUUCUUGAUGUACCUAUUCUAAGCAAGGAAUCUCCUCUGCAACCUUCAGAACACCCAUCUCAAGUUGCGGCAUCACUCACGGCGCCAACGACUGAUCACCUUAACGUUACCGAAGUUGAGACACUAACUAAGGAAGAAGAGUUGGUACCGCGAAAGCGUCCUUCGGACAUCACUGCUCCCUUUACCAUCGGCACACAGAAGCACGUUAGCGUUUCGCUAACCGAUACUUUCACUAUGGAGGGCGAACUAAUCAAGGAGAAAGCGCCGGCGGAAGCUGUACUCGAAUCUCGCCUAUCUCCUGAACUGUCUCUCACAGUGACUGAAACCAACGUGCUUGCAGCUGAGAGUGAGCUGGUAAUGGGCCAAGUUCCAAAAGAAAGUCGUGCGUCUUAUGCACUCGCUACGGAGCAACCCGUUCAAGUCAUUGAACAUUUGUCUUUGGCUAAGGAAGAGGUACUUCCGCCGUUUACGUCGCCAAAAACUACAGCUAAAUCUGAAUUGUCCUCUUUGGAAACUCUGACUGUGUCAGAUGUCCCUGUAUUGGACAAAGAACAAAUGUUAGAACAUGCAGAACAUCCAGCUGUUGCCGAAGCAAAUACAAUCAUACCAACGGAACCGCAUAUUACCGUUUCGGAAUCUCAAACGCUGUUCAAAGAAGAUGUGGUAGCGCCACUAAAGAAACCAGCAAAGGUAUCUCCCAAAGUCUCUGUAGUCACCUUAGAGCCAGUGGCAGUUGAAGAAACUGCACUGCUUGGAAAAGAAGAUGACAUGGCUCAAGAUGAGUACCCAUCCACCACCACAGCUGGCACAACUAUACAAAGUCAGGAACAUAUAUCUAUUACCAGCAUAGCGAGUAGUAUCAAAGAAGCUGACCUUCGUCUCGUGCAUAUCCCUGAAGGUGUGACCGCCGACUUAGGUCUCACAACAGAGGCUCAUGUGCAAGUGUGCGAAAUUGCACCUGGCACCAGAGAACAAGAGUUUCAUCCGAUCCCAAUUCCACCCGAAAACGUUCUUCAGCCGCUGUUCGUAAGCGACGAGACAGUUGCAGUAUUCCAGCAAAUACCACUUCAGCGAGAAUCAGAAUUUGUGCCUGGAAAGCUUCCAGCUCCAUCCUCUGUUGAAACGUCGACCUCAACUUUACACAAUAUCACUAUCAGCGAAGUCUCGCCACUCGAUAAGGAGAGCGACAUGAUACCAGAUAAACGUCCGAGUACUGCUGUUUCUCAGGUCACAUUUUCUAACGAGCAACAUAUUUCAAUAUCAGAGAUUGCAGCAGGUGUAAAAGAAGGCCAGCUUACGCUCGAGCCUCUUCCCUUCACAGUAACCGCACCAUUUAGUGUAGGCACCAAGGAACAUCUCGUAGUGUCUCAAGCUGUUUCAGAAACUAAAGAGGAUGAAUUCAUUCCUGAACCAAAGCCUUUGGAAAGUACAGCGCUUUCAUUUGUCCUAAGCGAAGAACCCCUCUACGUCACUGAGCAAGCAACACUUACUAGAGAAGGCGAUUUUGCUCGUAUGAAAGUUCCCGCUGAAGUGUCAGCAAAACUCUCAGUCCCAGGAAUUGAAUCUGUCAUGGUCGAUGAAGUGUCCGUUUUAAGUAAGGAGGCGGAAAGAGCGCCAGACGAGCGGCCGCCUACGGCCACUGCAAAUGUCAGUAUACCAGGCAUCCAGCACAUUUCGGUUCUUAAAGUCGAAGCUGAUAUUAAAGAGGGUAUCUUUGCGGAUCAGCAACAGCCAGCCACAGUUGCGGCACCAUUUAGCGUGCCUACUGAGCAAUACGUUGUUAUUUCCGAAGUCGUGACGGAUACAAAAGAAGGCGAGUGCAUUCCUGACCAAGUGCCCUCGGAAGCAGUGCCUCACUCCUCCAUCAUUGGUGAAGAGGCAGUCCUUAUCACUGAACAAGCAACACUCACCGCAGAGAAAGAGCUUGCCCCAGAAAAAACGCCUAUGCAGGCAUCGGCAAAACUUACCAUCCCUGAAGUUGAAUCUGUUGCCGUUCACGAGGUCUCCUUGUUCAGCAAGGAAAAUGAAAUGGUCCCUGAUCAGAAGCCUUCUACUGAAACUGCCGACGUCAGCAUCCCGACUGUGCAGCACGUAUCUGUUGUGAAAGUUGAAGCCCAUAUGAAAGAAGGAGUUCUCCCUGCUGAACAGCAGCCGGGUACCGUGGUGGCACCCUUUACUUUGGCUGCGGAGCAGCAUGUUGUUGUGUCACAAGUUGUGGCGGACACAAAAGAAAGUUCGUUCUCUCCUGCACAAGCACCAUUAGAAGCGCUGCCUCAUCGUUCCGUCAUUACCGAACAGGCUAUUACCAUUACUGAGCAGGCUAUGCUGACUGCAGGCGAAGAAUUUUGUCCAGAAAAAUUGCCGUCUCAUGUAUUAGCUAAGUUCACCAUCCCUGGAGAUGAACCUUUGACAGUUCAUGAGAUUUCCUUGUUCAGCAAAGAAAGCGAAAUUGUACCAGACAAACUGCCCGCCACUGAAGUUGCAGAUGUCACUGUCCCAACAGUACAACACGUUUCCGUUUCAAAGGUCGAAGCAGGUUUGAAAGAAGGCGUUCUUCCUGAUGAACUUCAACCGACCACAGUUACAGCACCGUUCAGCCUUGGAACGGAACAGUACGUAGUGGUAUCUGAAGUGGUCACUGAUACAAAGGAAGGAGAGUUCAUUCCUGGCCAAGCACCCUCAGCAGCAUUGCCGCAAUCUUCAGUAACUACUGAAGAGACUGUGGUUAUAACUGAACAGGCAACAUUGACUGCAGAAGAAGAGUUCGGUCCAGAAAAAUUGCCGUCUCAGGUAUCAGCUAAGUUCACCAUCCCUGGAGAUGAACCUUUGACAGUUCAUGAGAUUUCCUCAUUCACCAAAGAAAGCGAGAUUGUACCAGACAAACUGCCCGCCACUGAAGUUGCCGACGUCACUGUCCCGACAGUACAACACGUUUCCGUUUCAAAGGUCGAAACAGGUUUGAAAGAAGGCGUUCUUCCUGAUGAACUUCAACCGGCCACAGUUACAGCACCGUUCAGCCUCGGAACUGAACAGUACGUAGUGGUAUCUGAAGUGGUCACUGAUACAAAAGAAGGAGAGUUCAUUCCUGGCCAGGCACCCUCAGGAGCAUUGCCGCAAUCUUCUGUAACUACUGAAGAGACUGUGGUUAUAACUGAACAGGCAACAUUGACUGCAGAAGAAGAGUUUGGUCCAGAAAAAUUGCCGGCUCAGGUAUCAGCUAAGUUCACCAUUCCUGGAGAUGAACCUUUGACAGUUCAUGAGAUUUCCUCAUUCAGCAAAGAAAGCGAGAUUGUGCCAGACAAACUGCCCGCCACUGAAGUUGCGGACGUCACUGUCCCGACGGCACAACACGUUUCCGUUUCAAAGGUCGAAACAGGUUUGAAAGAAGGCGUUCUUCCUGAUGAACUUCAACCGGCCACAGUUACAGCACCGUUCAGCCUUGGAACUGAACAGUACGUAGUGGUAUCUGAAGUGGUCACUGAUACAAAAGAAGGAGAGUUCAUUCCUGGCCAGGCACCCUCAGGAGCAUUGCCGCAGUCUUCAGUAACUACUGAAGAGACUGUGGUUAUAACUGAACAGGCAACAUUGACUGCAGAAGAAGAGUUUGGUCCAGAAAAAUUGCCGGCUCAGGUAUCAGCUAAGUUCACCAUCCCUGGAGAUGAACCUUUGACAGUUCAUGAGAUUUCCUCAUUCAGCAAAGAAAGCGAGAUUGUACCAGACAAACUGCCCGCCACUGAAGUUGCCGACGUCACUGUCCCGACAGUACAACACGUUUCCGUUUCAAAGGUGGAAACAGGUUUGAAAGAAGGCGUUCUUCCUGAUGAACUUCAACCGGCCACAGUUACAGCACCGUUCAGCCUUGGAACUGAACAGUACGUAGUGGUAUCUGAAGUGGUCACUGAUACAAAAGAAGGAGAGUUCAUUCCUGGCCAGGCACCCUCAGGAGCAUUGCCGCAGUCUUCAGUAACUACUGAAGAGACUGUGGUUAUAACUGAACAGGCAACAUUGACUGCAGAAGAAGAGUUUGGUCCAGAAAAAUUGCCGGCUCAGGUAUCAGCUAAGUUCACAAUUCCUGGAGAUGAACCUUUGACAGUUCACGAGGUUUCCUUGUUCAGCAAAGAAAGCGAGAUUGUACCAGACAAACUGCCCGCCACUGAAGUUGCCGACGUCACUGUCCCGACAGUACAACACGUUUCCAUUUCGAAGAUCGAAGCAGGUUUGAAAGAAGGCGUUCUUCCUGAUGAACUUCAACCGGCCACAGUUACAGCACCGUUCAGCCUUGGAACUGAACAGUACGUAGUGGUAUCUGAAGUGGUCACUGAUACAAAAGAAGGAGAGUUCAUUCCUGGCCAGGCACCCUCAGGAGCAUUGCCGCAGUCUUCAGUAACUACUGAAGAGACUGUGGUUAUAACUGAACAGGCAACAUUGACUGCAGAAGAAGAGUUUGGUCCAGAAAAAUUGCCGGCUCAGGUAUCAGCUAAGUUCACCAUCCCUGGAGAUGAACCUUUGACAGUUCAUGAGGUUUCCUCAUUCAGCAAAGAAAGCGAGAUUGUAGCAGACAAACUGCCCGCCACUGAAGUUGCCGACGUCACUGUCCCGACAGUACAACACGUUUCCGUUUCAAAGGUCGAAACAGGUUUGAAAGAAGGCGUUCUUCCUGAUGAACUUCAACUGGCCACAGUUACAGCACCGUUCAGCCUUGGAACGGAACAGUACGUAGUGGUAUCUGAAGUGGUCACUGAUACAAAAGAAGGAGAGUUCAUUCCUGGCCAGGCACCCUCAGGAGCAUUGCCGCAGUCUUCAGUAACUACUGAAGAGACUGUGGUUAUAACUGAACAGGCAACAUUGACUGCAGAAGAAGAGUUUGGUCCAGAAAAAUUGCCGGCUCAGGUAUCAGCUAAGUUCACCAUUCCUGGGGAUGAACCUUUGACAGUUCAUGAGAUUUCCGUGUUAAGCAAAGAAAGCGAGAUUGUACCAGACAAACUGCCCAGCACUGAAUUUGCCGACGUCACUGUCCCGACAGUACAACAUGUUUCCGUUUCAAAGGUCGAAGCAGAUUUGAAAGAAGGCGUUCUUCCUGAUGAACUUCAACCGGCCACAGUUACAGCACCGUUCAGCCUAGGAACUGAACAGUACGUAGUGGUAUCUGAAGUAGUAUCUGACACAAAGGAAGGAGAGUUCGUUCCUGGCCAGGCACCCUCAGGAGCAUUGCCGCAAUCUUCAGUAACUACUGAAGAGACUGUGGUUAUAACUGAACAGGCAACAUUAACUGCAGAAGAAGAGUUUGGUCCAGAAAAAUUGCCGGCUCAGGUAUCAGCUAAGUUCACCAUUCCUGGAGAUGAACCUUUGACAGUUCAUGAGGUUUCCUUGUUCAGCAAAGAAAGCGAGAUUGUACCAGACAAACUGCCCGACACUGAAGUUGCAGAUGUUACUAUUCCGACAGUACAACACGUUUCCGUUUCAAAGGUCGAAGCCGAUUUGAAAGAAGGCGUUCUUCCUGAUGAACUUCAACCGGCUAGAGUUACAGCACCGUUCAGCCUUGGAACUGAACAGUACGUAGUGGUAUCUGAAGUGGUAUCUGACACAAAGGAAGGAGAGUUCGUUCCUGGCCAGGCACCCUCAGGAGCAUUGCCGCAAUCUUCAGUAACAACUGAAGAGACAGUGGUUAUAACUGAACAGGCAACAUUGACUGCAGAAGAAGAGUUUGGUCCAGAAAAAUUGCCGGCUCAGGUAUCAGCUAAGUUCACCGUUCCUGGAGAUGAACCUUUGACAGUUCAUGAGGUUUCCUUGUUCAGCAAAGAAAGCGAGAUUGUACCAGACAAACUGCCCGACACUGAAGUUGCAGAUGUUACUAUCCCGACAGUACAACACGUUUCCGUUUCAAAGGUCGAAGCCGAUUUGAAAGAAGGCGUUCUUCCUGAUGAACUUCAACCGACCACAGUUACAGCACCGUUCAGCCUUGGAACUGAACAGUACGUAGUGGUAUCUGAAGUGGUAUCUGACACAAAGGAAGGAGAGUUCGUUCCUGGCCAGGCGCCCUCAGGAGCAUUACCGCAAUCUUCAGUAACUACUGAAGAGACAGUGGUUAUAACUGAACAGGCAACAUUGACUGCAGAAGAAGAGUUUGGUCCAGAAAAAUUGCCGGCUCAGGUAUCAGCUAAGUUCACCGUUCCUGGAGAUGAACCUUUGACAGUUCAUGAGGUUUCCUUGUUCAGCAAAGAAAGCGAGAUUGUACCAGACAAACUGCCCGACACUGAAGUUGCAGAUGUUACUGUCCCGACAGUACAACACGUUUCCGUUUCAAAGGUCGAAGCAAGUUUGAAAGAAGGUGUUCUUCCUGAUGAACUCCAACCGGCCACAGUUACAGCACCGUUCAGCCUUGGAACUGAACAGUACGUAGUGGUAUCCGAAGUGGUCACUGACACAAAGGAAGGAGAGUUCGUUCCUGGCCAGGCGCCCUCAGGAGCAUUACCGCAAUCUUCAGUAACUACUGAAGAGACAGUGGUUAUAACUGAACAGGCAACAUUGACUGCAGAAGAAGAGUUUGGUCCAGAAAAAUUGCCAGCUGAGGUAUCAGCUAAGUUCACCAUUCCUGGAGAUGAACCUUUGACAGUUCAUGAGGUUUCCUUGUUCAGCAAAGAAAGCGAGAUUGUACCAGACAAACUGCCCGACACUGAAGUUGCAGAUGUUACUGUCCCGACAGUACAACACGUUUCCGUUUCAAAGGUCGAAACAAGUUUGAAAGAAGGCGUUCUUCCUGGUGAACUCCAACCGGCCACAGUUACAGCACCGUUCAGCCUUGGAACUGAACAGUACGUAGUGGUGUCCGAAGUGGUCACUGACACAAAGGAAGGAGAGUUCGUUCCUGGCCAGGCGCCCUCAGGAGCAUUACCGCAAUCUUCAGUAACUACUGAAGAGACAGUGGUUAUAACUGAACAGGCAACAUUGACUGCAGAAGAAGAGUUUGGUCCAGAAAAAUUGCCAGCUGAGGUAUCAGCUAAGUUCACCAUUCCUGGAGAUGAACCUUUGACAGUUCAUGAGGUUUCCUUGUUCAGCAAAGAAAGCGAGAUUGUACCAGACAAACUGCCCGACACUGAAAUUGCAGAUGUUACUGUCCCGACAGUACAACACGUUUCCGUUUCAAAGGUCGAAGCAAGUUUGAAAGAAGGCGUUCUUCCUGAUGAACUCCAACCGGCCAUAGUUACAGCACCGUUCAGCCUUGGAACUGAACAGUACGUAGUGGUAUCCGAAGUGGUCACUGAUACAAAGGAAGGAGAUUUCGUUCCUGGCGAGGCACCAUCAGGAGCAUUGCCGCAAGCUUCAGUAACUACUGAAGAGACAGUGGUUAUAACUGAACAGGCAACAUUGACUGCAGAAGAAGAGUUUGGUCCAGAAAAAUUGCCGGCUCAGGUAUCAGCUAAGUUCACCAUCCCUGGAGAUGAACCUUUGACAGUUCGUGAGGUUUCCUUGUUCAGCAGAGAAAGCGAGAUUGUACCAGACAAACUGCCCGCCACUGAAGUUGCCGACGUCACUGUCCCGACAGUACAACACGUUUCCGUUUCCAAGGUCGAAGCAAGUUUGAAAGAAGGCGUUCUUCCUGAUGAACUCCAACCGACCACAGUUACAGCACCGUUCAGCGUCGAAACUGAGCAGUACGUUGUGGUAUCUGAAGUAGUCACUGAUACAAAGGAAGGAGAUUUCGUUCCUAGUCAGGCGCCCUCAGAGGCCUUGCCUCAGUCCUCAAUCAUUACCGACGAGACGAUCGUAAUCUUUGAACAAGCAACUCUGACAACGGAAGAAGAGUUUGCUACAGAAAGACUUCCUGCUCAUGUGUCGGCAAAGUUCACCGUCCCAGGAAACGAACCUGUCACCAUUCAUGAGGUGUCCUUAUUGAACAAAGAAAGUGAUAUGAUACUAGACAAAACUCCAUCCGCAGAAGUUGCUGAUAUAAGCAUCCCAACGGUGCAACAUGUUUCCAUUUCGAACGUUGAAGCUGACGUAAAGGAAGGCUACCUACCAGUUGAUCAUAAGCCGACCACAAUGUCAGCGCCAUUUAGUGUGGCCACGGAACAGCACGUUGUGGUGUCUGAAGUUUUGGCGGACACAAAAGAAGGCGAAUUCGUUCCCCGGGAAGCCCCUUCUGAAGCUGUGCCCCAUGCCUUUGUCUUAAGCGAAGAGUCCCUGACUGUCAUCGAACAGCCAACGCUGUCUAAGGAAGAAGAGCUCGCUCCAGAGAAAUUACCUACUUUGCUGUCUGCCCAGUUUUCCGUUCCUGCCUUUGAAAGCGUCAGCGUGGAUGAAAUAUCGUCGUUCAACAAAGAAGGUUCUAUUUUGGAGGACAAGCCACAAGAACAGAGGGUAACCAUACUGGAAGUCGCAACGGAGGAUGUUACUCAGGAGGAUACCUCCACUUGCGUGGUGGUAGAGGUUGAGGAAGACGUGAAGGACGGCGGCAUCAAAAUCCGGAAGAAAACCAAGAAGAAAUCGGUGCGAUUUGACGACAACUCGGAAAUUAGAGAAACCACGGAAGUGUUACACACGUUCACUCGUGAAGAAAGCGACUCCACACCAUUGCUCAUUGAGGAUGUGACUGACGAAUAUUCCUUGGCCCCAGAUGGGACGCCGCAAGAACACCCAAUCAUUGAAGAGAUGGAAGAAGAGAAGAUUCUCGAAGUCGUUGAAGAGAAGGAAGCGGAUAAGGCUCCAGUGAAAAAGAAGAAAAAGAAACCUGUCAAGAAAGAAGUAUGUACUGAGUCAGCUGAAAUUCGUCUUAUUCAGCAGACCGAAGAGACUGCGACUGAGGAGAAAGCUUUUGAAGAAGAGGUACCUGAGGAGAUCGAAAAACCUACAGCCAUCACCGUUGAAAUUAAAAAGGCUGAGAAACCAAAGAAGGUCACUGAAAUCACUGUAUCGUCUUCCCAAACUCCCGAGAUCGAUGUCACACAGACUGUUACUGUUCCUUUUGAAAGUGAAAGCAUUGACCGCAAGCCGGAGAAGCCGGAGGAAAAACCUGCCGAGGAGAAGCCCAUUCCAGUCUUGGAUGAGCAAAAGCCACAAGAAGAAGGGGAAAAGCCCAAAGAGAAACGCAAAAAGAAGAAGGUCGUUAAAGUCCCAGAGAAGCCUGAAGUCACUGAAAUCGCUGAAUUAAAACUGAAACCUCGAGAGCCAAAGGAAGAGGAACAGGAAGUAACGGUGGUGGAAGAAACAGUGACAGAAAUCGAAGAGACCCUAGCUGUCACAAUUGACAUCAAGCAAAAGCCAAAGCCUGAACAGGUCCUAGAAAUUACUACGACCUCCGAAGAAGUUCCUGAGCUCGAAGUUACGCAGAAGCCGGAGACAGUGAUUGAAACCACAGCCAUCAAAAAGAAGGAAGAAAAGCCUGAAGACGAGGUCCCUGCGGUGGUUGAAGAAAAGCUGGCAGAAAAGCCGGAAGAAAAACCAAAAGAGAAACGAAAGAAGAAAAAAACUAUCAAAGUUGAAGAGAAGCCUGAAGUUGAAGAAAUCACCGAAAUUCAACUUAAACCUCGAAAGCCACAGGAAGAGGAACAGGAACUGAAGGUGGUAGAAGAAACUGUGACUGAAGUCGAAGAAACUUUGGCUGUGACUAUUCAGGUCAAAGACAAACCGAAGCCUGAGGACGUUGUUGUGGUUACCACAACUGCUGAAGAAGUUCCAGAAAUCGAAGUCACACAGAAACCAGAAACAGUGAUUGAAACCACGACCAUUGAAAAGAAAGAAGAAAAGCCUGAAGAGGUCCCUGUUGUGGUUGAAGAAAAGCCGGAAGAAAAACCAAAAGAGAAACGAAAGAAAAAGAAACCUCUCAAAGUUGAAGAGAAGCCUGAAGUUGAAGAAAUCACAGAGAUUCAACUUAAACCUCGAAAGCCACAAGAAGAGGAACAGGAACUGAAGGUGGUAGAAGAAACUGUGACUGAAGUUGAAGAAACUCUGGCUGUCACUAUUGAGGUCAAAGAAAAACCAAAGCCUGAGAGAGUUAUUGAGGUUACCACAACUGCUGAAGAAGUUCCAGAGAUCGAAGUCACACAGAAACCAGAAACAGUGAUUGAAACCACGACCAUUGAAAAGAAAGAAGAAAAGCCUGAAGAGGUCCCUGCGGUGGUUGAAGAAAAGCCGGAAGAAAAGCCAAAAGAGAAACGAAAGAAAAAGAAACCUCUCAAAGUUGAAGAGAAGCCUGAAGUUGAAGAAAUCACAGAGAUUCAACUUAAACCUCGAAAGCCACUGGAAGAGGAACAGGAACUGAAGGUGGUUGAAGAAACUGUGACUGAAGAAACUUUGGCUGUGACUAUUGAGGUCAAAGAAAAACCGAAGCCUGAGGAAGUUGUUGAGGUUACCACAACUGCUGAAGAAGUUCCAGAGAUCGAAGUCACACAGAAACCAGAAACAGUGAUUGAAACCACGACCAUUGAAAAGAAAGAAGAAAAGCCUGAAGAGAUCCCUGCGGUGGUUGAAGAAAAGCCGGAAGAAAAACCAAAAGAGAAACGAAAGAAAAAGAAACCUCUCAAAGUUGAAGAGAAGCCUGAAGUUGAAGAAAUCACAGAGAUUCAACUUAAACCUCGAAAGCCAAAGGAAGAGGAACAGGAACUGAAGGUGGUAGAAGAAACUGUGGCUGAAGUCGAAGAAACUUUGGCUGUGACUAUUGAAGUCAAAGAAAAACCGAAGCCUGAGGACGUUGUUGUGGUUACCACAACUGCUGAAGAAGUUCCAGAAAUCGAAGUCAUACAGAAACCAGAAACAGUGAUUGAAACCACGACCAUUGAAAAGAAAGAAGAAAAGCCUGAAGAGGUCCCUGUGGUGGUUGAAGAAAAGCCGGAAGAAAAACCAAAAGAGAAACGAAAGAAAAAGAAACCUCUCAAAGUUGAAGAGAAGCCUGAAGUUGAAGAAAUCACAGAGAUUCAACUUAAACCUCGAAAGCCACAAGAAGAGGAACAGGAACUGAAGGUGGUAGAAGAAACUGUGACUGAAGUUGAAGAAACUCUGGCUGUCACUAUUGAGGUCAAAGAAAAACCAAAGCCUGAGAGAGUUAUUGAGGUUACCACAACUGCUGAAGAAGUUCCAGAGAUCGAAGUCACACAGAAACCAGAAACAGUGAUUGAAACCACGACCAUUGAAAAGAAAGAAGAAAAGCCUGAAGAGGUCCCUGUUGUGGUUGAAGAAAAGCCGGAAGAAAAACCAAAAGAGAAACGAAAGAAAAAGAAACCUCUCAAAGUUGAAGAGAAGCCUGAAGUUGAAGAAAUCACAGAGAUUCAACUUAAACCUCGAAAGCCACAAGAAGAGGAACAGGAACUGAAGGUGGUAGAAGAAACUGUGACUGAAGUCGAUGAAACUUUGGCUGUCACUAUUGAGGUCAAAGAAAAACCAAAGCCUGAGAGAGUUAUUGAGGUUACCACAACUGCUGAAGAAGUUCCAGAGAUCGAAGUCAUACAGAAACCAGAAACAGUCAUUGAAACCACAACCAUUGAAAAGAAAGAAGAAAAGCCUGAAGAGAUCCCUGUUGUGGUUGAAGAAAAGCCGGAAGAAAAACCAAAAGAGAAACGAAAGAAAAAGAAACCUCUCAAAGUUGAAGAGAAGCCUGAAGUUGAAGAAAUCACAGAAAUUCAACUUAAACCUCGAAAGCCACAAGAAGAGGAACAGGAACUGAAGGUGGUAGAAGAAAUUGUGACUGAAGUUGAAGAAACUCUGGCUGUCACUAUUGAGGUCAAAGAAAAACCAAAGCCUGAGGAAGCUGUUGAGGUUACCACAACUGCUGAAGAAGUUCCAGAGAUCGAAGUCAUACAGAAACCAGAAACAGUCAUUGAAACCACAACCAUUGAAAAGAAAGAAGAAAAGCCUGAAGAGAUCCCUGUUGUGGUUGAAGAAAAGCCGGAAGAAAAACCAAAAGAGAAACGAAAGAAAAAGAAACCUCUCAAAGUUGAAGAGAAGCCUGAAGUUGAAGAAAUCACAGAGAUUCAACUUAAACCUCGAAAGCCAAAGGAAGAGGAACAGGAACUGAAGGUGGUAGAAGAAACUGUGGCUGAAGUCGAAGAAACUUUGGCUGUGACUAUUGAAGUCAAAGAAAAACCGAAGCCUGAGGAAGUCGUUGAGGUUACCACAACUGCUGAAGAAGUUCCGGAGAUCGAAGUCACACAGAAACCAGAAACAGUGAUUGAAACCACGACCAUUGAAAAGAAAGAAGAAAAGCCUGAAGAGAUCCCUGCGGUGGUUGAAGAAAAGCCGGAAGAAAAACCAAAAGAGAAACGAAAGAAAAAGAAACCUCUCAAAGUUGAAGAGAAGCCUGAAGUUGAAGAAAUCACAGAGAUUCAACUUAAACCUCGAAAGCCACAGGAAGAGGAACAGGAACUGAAGGUGGUAGAAGAAACUGUCACUGAAGUCGAAGAAACUUUGGCUGUAACUAUUGAGGUCAAAGAAAAGCCAAAGCCUGAGGGCGUUGUUGAGGUUACCACAACUGCUGAAGAAGUUCCAGAGAUCGAAGUCACACAGAAACGAGAAACAGUGAUUGAAACCACGACCAUUGAAAAGAAAGAAGAAAAGCCUGAAGAGGUCCCUGCGGUGGUUGAAGAAAAGCCGGAAGAAAAGCCAAAAGAGAAACGAAAGAAAAAGAAACCUCUCAAAGUUGAAGAGAAGCCUGAAGUUGAAGAAAUCACAGAGAUUCAACUUAAACCUCGAAAGCCACAGGAAGAGGAACAGGAACUGAAGGUGGUUGAAGAAACUGUGACUGAAGAAACUUUGGCUGUGACUAUUGAGGUCAAAGAAAAACCGAAGCCUGAGGAAGUUGUUGAGGUUACCACAACUGCUGAAGAAGUUCCAGAGAUCGAAGUCACACAGAAACCAGAAACAGUGAUUGAAACCACGACCAUUGAAAAGAAAGAAGAAAAGCCUGAAGAGGUCCCUGUGGUGGUUGAAGAAAAGCCGGAAGAAAAACCAAAAGAGAAACGAAAGAAAAAGAAACCUCUCAAAGUUGAAGAGAAGCCUGAAGUUGAAGAAAUCACAGAGAUUCAACUUAAACCUCGAAAGCCACAGGAAGAGGAACAGGAACUGAAGGUGGUAGAAGAAACUGUGACUGAAGUCGAAGAAACUUUGGCUGUGACUAUUGAGGUCAAAGAAAAACCGAAGCCUGAGGAAGUUGUUGAGGUUACCACAACUGCUGAAGAAGUUCCAGAGAUCGAAGUCACACAGAAACCAGAAACAGUGAUUGAAACCACGACCAUUGAAAAGAAAGAAGAAAAGCCUGAAGAGGUCCCUGUGGUGGUUGAAGAAAAGCCGGAAGAAAAACCAAAAGAGAAACGAAAGAAGAAGAAACCUCUCAAAGUUGAAGAGAAGCCUGAAGUUGAAGAAAUCACAGAGAUUCAACUUAAACCUCGAAAGCCACAGGAAGAGGAACAGGAACUGAAGGUGGUUGAAGAAACUGUGACUGAAGAAACUUUGGCUGUGACUAUUGAGGUCAAAGAAAAACCGAAGCCUGAGGAAGUUGUUGAGGUUACCACAACUGCUGAAGAAGUUCCAGAGAUCGAAGUCACACAGAAACCAGAAACAGUGAUUGAAACCACGACCAUUGAAAAGAAAGAAGAAAAGCCUGAAGAGGUCCCUGUGGUGGUUGAAGAAAAGCCGGAAGAAAAACCAAAAGAGAAACGAAAGAAGAAGAAACCUCUCAAAGUUGAAGAGAAGCCUGAAGUUGAAGAAAUCACAGAGAUUCAACUUAAACCUCGAAAGCCACAGGAAGAGGAACAGGAACUGAAGGUGGUUGAAGAAACUGUGACUGAAGAAACUUUGGCUGUGACUAUUGAGGUCAAAGAAAAACCGAAGCCUGAGGAAGUUGUUGAGGUUACCACAACUGCUGAAGAAGUUCCAGAGAUCGAAGUCACACAGAAACCAGAAACAGUGAUUGAAACCACGACCAUUGAAAAGAAAGAAGAAAAGCCUGAAGAGGUCCCUGUGGUGGUUGAAGAAAAGCCGGAAGAAAAACCAAAAGAGAAACGAAAGAAAAAGAAACCUCUCAAAGUUGAAGAGAAGCCUGAAGUUGAAGAAAUCACAGAGAUUCAACUUAAACCUCGAAAGCCACAGGAAGAGGAACAGGAACUGAAGGUGGUUGAAGAAACUGUGACUGAAGAAACUUUGGCUGUGACUAUUGAGGUCAAAGAAAAACCGAAGCCUGAGGAAGUUGUUGAGGUUACCACAACUGCUGAAGAAGUUCCAGAGAUCGAAGUCACACAGAAACCAGAAACAGUGAUUGAAACCACGACCAUUGAAAAGAAAGAAGAAAAGCCUGAAGAGGUUCCUGUGGUGGUUGAAGAAAAGCCGGAAGAAAAACCAAAAGAGAAACGAAAGAAGAAGAAACCUCUCAAAGUUGAAGAGAAGCCUGAAGUUGAAGAAAUCACAGAGAUUCAACUUAAACCUCGAAAGCCACAGGAAGAGGAACAGGAACUGAAGGUGGUUGAAGAAACUGUGACUGAAGAAACUUUGGCUGUGACUAUUGAGGUCAAAGAAAAACCGAAGCCUGAGGAAGUUGUUGAGGUUACCACAACUGCUGAAGAAGUUCCAGAGAUCGAAGUCACACAGAAACCAGAAACAGUGAUUGAAACCACGACCAUUGAAAAGAAAGAAGAAAAGCCUGAAGAGGUCCCUGUGGUGGUUGAAGAAAAGCCGGAAGAAAAACCAAAAGAGAAACGAAAGAAAAAGAAACCUCUCAAAGUUGAAGAGAAGCCUGAAGUUGAAGAAAUCACAGAGAUUCAACUUAAACCUCGAAAGCCACUGGAAGAGGAACAGGAACUGAAGGUGGUUGAAGAAACUGUGACUGAAGAAACUUUGGCUGUGACUAUUGAGGUCAAAGAAAAACCGAAGCCUGAGGAAGUUGUUGAGGUUACCACAACUGCUGAAGAAGUUCCAGAGAUCGAAGUCACACAGAAACCAGAAACAGUGAUUGAAACCACGACCAUUGAAAAGAAAGAAGAAAAGCCUGAAGAGGUCCCUGCGGUGGUUGAAGAAAAGCCGGAAGAAAAACCGAAAGAGAAACGAAAGAAAAAGAAACCCCUCAAAGUUGAAGAGAAGCCUGAAGAGGUUACAGAAGCCCCAGAAACUGUGGAAAAGGUAGAAGAGAAGCCUGAGGAGGAGGUGCCACGUUUGAUCGAAGAGAAACCUAAGCGGAAGAAGAAGAAAACAAUCGAAGAAAAAACUGAAGAGACUCCUCAACAAGCACAGGAGGUAGUAGAACCAGUCGCUGAAGCUGAGGAAAAAUUAGAAGAAAAGGAAGAACCAACAGAUGAAGAGAUUCAAAUGCCGACAAAGGUUAAGAAGAGGCCCAAACUUCUGAUUAAAGAGGCUCCCGCGGAAGAAGAGGAGAUUCCCUCUGAAACCAGUGUCGAUGUCCAGUUAAAGAAAACGAAACGUCCUUCUGAAGAAGAGCCCGUAGAACUAAUAUAUGAAACACAUCGAGAAGAAACAAUCGAUAUCGAGGCUACAUUAGAGAGCUUGCCACAAAAAAUAGAAGAGAUGCCUAAAAAGCGCCGUGAGAAGCCCAAAAAGAAACCAGUGAAAACGAAAGAUGUUCCUGCGGAAGAACCAACCCCAACUGAAUUUGAAAUUACUGUUAGCGAAGGGGAUGAAACCGUUCACCUGGAUAUGAAACUGAUCACGGACUCUCGAGAGCAGGAGCGACAUGUGGAGGUAGUAUUCGGGGAAACUGUCGAAGAGGGUGGAGAGCCUACUUCUGAGGAACCGUUCCAGGCAGCAAGUCCCAUUCUACGUCCUGUGGAACUUAAAGAAAUUGCUCAGGAGACGCCGAAACCUCAAGUACCUGAAGACACUACAGUAGAGCUAGAGGCCAAGAGACCCACAAAACCGAAACGGAAAGAAAAGGACGUUACAGAGAAAACGGUGACGCUGAAAAAGCCAGAACGACAAACCGAGGAAGUCCCUGAAGAAAUGAAGGAAGACAUCACAGUUGUACUGGAAGGAGUUCCGGAAGAAAAACCAACACAGGAGAUGCCAGUAGAGGUGACCGUCACAGUCGAAGAAGCACCUGAAGAGGCAAAACUUACCAUCAAGAAAAAGAAGCCGAAGGUUAUAGAAGAGGCACCUGCUGAGGAGGCUGUGACUCUGAGAAAGCCUGAAGAGAAACCUGUCGAAGAAACUCCUGAGGGAGUAAAAGAGGAUAUCACCGUCACCCUUGAGAAGAAACCGGAAGAAAAACCCAAGGUCGAGGAGGCUCCAGAAAAAGUUACGGUCACUAUCCCUGAAGUACCCAAACCAGAAGAACCCCAGGCUCCUGAAGAGGCAAAACUUACCAUCAAGAAAAAGAAGAAACCGAAAGUUACUGAAGAGGUUCCUGCUGAGGAAGUUGUGACUUUGAAAAAACCUGAAGAGAAACCGGUUGAGGAAGCUCCUGAGGGAGUAAAAGAAGAUAUCACCAUCACAUUUGAGAAGAAACCGGAAGAAAAACCCAAGGUCGAGGAGGCUCCAGAAGAUGUUACAGUGACAAUCCCUGAAGCUCCCAAACCAGAAGAACCCCAGGCUCCUGAAGAGGCAAAACUUACUAUCAAGAAAAAGAAGAAACCGAAAGUUACUGAAGAGGUUCCUGCUGAGGAAGUUGUGACUUUGAAAAAACCUGAAGAGAAACCGGUUGAGGAAGCUCCUGAGGGAGUAAAAGAAGAUAUCACCAUCACAUUUGAGAAGAAACCGGAAGAAAAACCCAAGGUCGAGGAGGCUCCAGAAGAUGUUACAGUGACAAUCCCUGAAGCUCCCAAACCAGAAGAACCCCAGGCUCCUGAAGAGGCAAAACUUACUAUCAAGAAAAAGAAGAAACCGAAAGUUACUGAAGAGGUUCCUGCUGAGGAAGUUGUGACUUUGAAAAAACCUGAAGAGAAACCGGUUGAGGAAGGUCCUGAGGGAGUAAAAGAAGAUAUCACCAUCACAUUUGAGAAGAAACCGGAAGAAAAACCCAAGGUCGAGGAGGCUCCAGAAGAUGUUACAGUGGCAAUCCCUGAAGCUCCUAAACCAGAAGAACCCCAGGCUCCUGAAGAGGCAAAACUUACCAUCAAGAAAAAGAAGAAACCGAAAGUUAUUGAAGACGUUCCUUCUGAGGAAGUUGUGACUUUGAAAAAACCUGAAGAGAAACCAGUUGAGGAAGCUCCUGAGGGAGUAAAGGAGGAUAUCACAGUCACACUUGAGAAGAAGCCCGAAGAAAAACCCAAGGUCGAGGAGGCUCCAGAAGAUGUUACAGUGACAAUCCCUGAAGCUCCCAAACCAGAAGAACCCCAGGCUCCUGAAGAGGCAAAACUUACCAUCAAGAAAAAGAAGAAACCGAAAGUUAUUGAAGAGGUUCCUUCUGAGGAAGUUGUGACUUUGAAAAAACCUGAAGAGAAACCGGUUGAGGAAGCUCCUGAGGGAGUAAAGGAGGAUAUCACCGUCACACUUGAGAAGAAGCCCGAAGAAAAACCCAAGGUCGAGGAGGCUCCAGAAGAUGUUACAGUGACAAUCCCCGAAGCUCCCAAACCAGAAGAACCCCAUGCUCCUGAAGAGGCAAAACUUACAAUCAAGAAAAAGAAGAAACCGAAAGUUAUUGAAGAGGUUCCUUCUGAGGAAGUUGUGACUUUGAAAAAACCCGAAGAGAAACCGGUUGAGGAAGCUCCUGAGGGAGUAAAGGAGGAUAUCACCGUCACACUUGAGAAGAAGCCCGAAGAAAAACCCAAGGUCGAGGAGGCUCCAGAAGAUGUUACAGUGACAAUCCCCGAAGCUCCCAAACCAGAAGAACCCCAGGCUCCUGAAGAGGCAAAACUUACCAUCAAGAAAAAGAAGAAACCGAAAGUUAUUGAAGAGGUUCCUUCUGAGGAAGUUGUGACUUUGAAAAAACCCGAAGAGAAACCGGUUGAGGAAGCUCCUGAGGGAGUAAAGGAGGAUAUCACCGUCACACUUGAGAAGAAGCCCGACGAAAAACCCAAGGUCGAGGAGGCUCCAGAAGAUGUUACAGUGACAAUCCCUGAAGCUCCCAAACCAGAAGAACCCCAGGCUCCUGAAGAGGCAAAACUUACAAUCAAGAAAAAGAGGAAGCCGAGAAUUACAGAAGAAGCGCCUGCAGAAGAAGCUGUGACUUUGAAGAAGCCUGAAGAGAAACCUGUUGCAGAAGCUCCUGAAGAGGUCAGAGAGGAUAUCACAGUCACGCUUGAAAAGAAACCCGAAGAGAAACCCAAGGUCGAGGAGGCUCCAGAGGAAGUUACAGUGACAAUCCCUGAAGCUCCCAAACCAGAAGAACCCCAGGCUCCUGAAGAGGCAAAACUUACCAUCAAGAAAAAGAAGAAACCGAAAGUUAUUGAAGAGGUUCCUUCUGAGGAAGUUGUGACUUUGAAAAAACCUGAAGAGAAACCGGUUGAGGAAGCUCCUGAAGAGGUCAGAGAGGAUAUCACAGUCACACUUGAGAAGAAACCCGAAGAAAAACCCAAGGUCGAGGAGGCUCCGGAGGAUGUUACAGUGACUAUCCCUGAAACUCCCAAACCGGAAGAACCCCAGGCUCCUGAAGAAGCGAAACUUACAAUCAAGAAAAAGAGGAAGCCAAGAAUUACAGAAGAAGCGCCUGCAGAAGAAGCUGUGACUUUGAAGAAGCCUGAAGAGAAACCUGUUGCAGAAGCUCCUGAAGAGGUCAGAGAGGAUAUCACAGUCACGCUUGAAAAGAAACCCGAAGAGAAACCCAAGGUCGAGGAGGCUCCAGAGGAAGUUACAGUGACUAUCCCUGAGGCUCCCAAACCGGAAGAACCCCAGGCUCCUGAAGAAGCGAAACUUACAAUCAAGAAAAAGAGGAAGCCGAGAAUUACAGAAGAAGCGCCUGCAGAAGAAGCUGUGACUUUGAAGAAGCCUGAAGAGAAACCUGUUGCAGAAGCUCCUGAAGAGGUCAGAGAGGAUAUCACAGUCACGCUUGAAAAGAAACCCGAAGAGAAACCCAAGGUCGAGGAGGCUCCAGAGGAAGUUACAGUGACUAUCCCUGAAGCUCCAAAACCGGAAGAACCCCAGGCUCCUGAAGAAGCGAAACUUACAAUCAAGAAAAAGAGGAAGCCAAGAAUUACAGAAGAAGCGCCUGCAGAAGAAGCUGUGACUUUGAAGAAGCCUGAAGAGAAACCGGUUGCAGAAGCUCCUGAAGAGGUCAGAGAGGAUAUCACAGUCACGCUUGAAAAGAAACCCGAUGAGAAACCCAAGGUCGAGGAGGCUCCAGAGGAAGUUACAGUGACUAUCCCUGAAGCUCCCAAACCGGAAGAACCCCAGGCUCCUGAAGAAGCAAAACUUACCAUCAAGAAAAAGAGGAAGCCAAGAAUUACAGAAGAAGCGCCUGCAGAAGAAGCUGUGACUUUGAAAAAGCCCGAAGAGAAACCGGUUGCAGAAGCUCAUGAAGAGGUCAGAGAGGAUAUCACAGUCACGCUUGAAAAGAAACCCGAAGAGAAACCCAAGGUCGAGGAGGCUCCAGAGGAAGUUACAGUGACUAUCCCUGAAGCUCCCAAACCGGAAGAACCCCAGGCUCCUGAAGAAGCAAAACUUACCAUCAAGAAAAAGAGGAAACCGAAAGUUACUGAAGAGGUGCCUGCUGAGGAAGUCGUGACUUUGAAAAAACCUGAAGAGAAACUGGUUGAGGAAGCUCCUGAAGAGGUCAGAGAGGAUAUCACAGUCACGCUUGAAAAGAAACCCGAAGAGAAACCCAAGGUCGAGGAGGCUCCAGAGGAAGUUACAGUGACUAUCCCUGAAGCUCCCAAACCGGAAGAACCCCAGGCUCCAGAAGAAGCGAAACUUACCAUAAAGAAAAAGAGGAAGCCGAAAGUUACAGAAGAAGCGCCUGCAGAAGAAGCUGUAACUUUGAAGAAGCCUGAAGAGAAACCGGGUAAGGAAGCUCCUGAAGAGGUUACAGAGGAUAUCACAGUCACACUUGAAAAGAAACCCGAAGAAAAACCUAAGGUAGAGGAGGCUCCAGAAGAAGUUACAGUGACCAUCCCUGAAACUCCCAAACCGGAAGAACCCCAGCCUCCCGAAGAAGCGAAACUUACCAUCAAGAAAAGGGCAAAGAAACCGAAAGAAGUAGAACCAGUCGAAGAAACUGUCACGCUGAAGAGGCUGCAAGAAACGGUGGUAGAGGAAGCGAGAGAAGAGAUUAAGGAGGACGUCACAGUCACGCUGGAGAAGAAAGUAAAGAAAAAACCAAAAGUCGAUGAACUUCCUGAGGAGAUUACUGUCACUAUCCCUGAAGCACCACAGCCGGAGGAGCCACAGGUGCCAGAAGAAGCUACGCUUACCAUUAAGAAGAAGCCAAAGAAACAAAAAGUGACGGAAGAAGUACCUUUGGAGGAAAGUGUGACACUGAAGAGGCAAGAAGAAAAACGUGUGGAAGAGUUGAGUGAGGAAGUAACAGAAGACAUCACAGUGGUUUUGGAAAAGGGAAAAGCACCAAAACCAGAACAAGAAGAAGUCACUGUCACAAUCCCAGAAACACUUCGACCAAAAGAGUCAGAAAAAAUUGUCGAAGAAGAAGCCAAACUGACCAUAAAAAAGAAGCCCAAAAAGCCAAAAGUCACGGAGGAAGCCCCUGUAGAAGAGAAGGUGACGCUUAAGAGACCUGAGGAAACACCAGAGGUUGAAGCACUGGAAGAUGUUACAGUCACGCUUGAACAAAAACCAAAGCAAAAGCCAAAAGUUGAAGAUGCAGCGGAAGAGUUAACGGUAACCCUUCCAGAAGAACAGAAGCCUGUCCAGGAAACCAUCGAAGAAGCUCAGUUAACAAUAAAGAAGAAGCCUAAAAAGGUGGAAGAAGAGUCUGUAGGGAGCGUUACUAUUAGGCGAAGAUCAAGAAAAUGGUCACAACCAGAUGUUGGUGAAGAUGUGAGUGGCGAGUUCUCCAUACCCUUCAGAGCUCCAUCCCCUGUUCCAGAGAAGCACGAGGACGUGCUGGAAACCUUCCAAGUGACAUUACCUAGUAGGCGUGGUACUUUAGCCGAAAUAUUAGAAGAACAAGUAACAAAAGUACAAGAAGGUGUGGAGAUCAGCGACAGUUUAGAUGUCACGUUGCCCUCCGAGAAGCCACCUCCCCAAUCCGUCGACAUGGCCGAUGCACUGAAGGUUGUGCUUCGCCAAGAGGCACCCGAAGAAGAGACGCCCGAGCUCACCGAGACGUUCAGUGACACGGAGGUGACCCAAGGGGAAGUUAUCCGACUCAUUAUCAAGUAUUCUGGAAAACCAUCGCCUACAGUGAAGUGGUUCAGGAAUUACAAACGAAUCGAGGAGACACUCAGCAUUACGAUCACCACUACCGAGACGUCGUCUAUUCUGGAGAUCAAGGAAUCUAAAGUAGACGACACGGGGACCUAUUCAUGUACAGUGAGCAACCGCGCUGGAGAAGUGGAACAUUCCGCAAAAGUUACAGUUCAAGGCGUUCGUCGUCAAUUUGUCGAGAAGUUGCAGGACGUCGAGGUGAAGGAGACCCAAGUGGCCCUGUUCGUCACAAAGACCAAUGAUGAUAACGCUCAAGUGACCUGGCGCAAAGACGGCAGACCCUUGGAGAUGGAACCAACCAAGUAUGAGCCGCUCUCCGAAGGGCCCUUCCGCAAGCUGCUCAUUAGGAACACGACCUUAAAAGACGAGGGCGAAUACACGUGCGUCAUGGAAGAGCAGACAACAUCGGCAGAACUCGUGGUCAUUGAACUGCCUCCAGAAAUUGUGAGCCCCAUAAAGGACCAGACAGUGGCUCGCGAAGACACCGCUACGUUCUCGGUGGAGCUCACCAAGGGUGACGCUCUCGUACGGUGGUUUAAGGACGGCAAAGAACUGCAGUUCAACGAACGCGUUAAGCUUCAGAUCGAUGGCAAGCGACAGACUUUAGUCAUCACUCAGACUACCGUUCGUGACGCCGGCCGUUACACCUGCAAGCUGGGCGAGCAGUCCUGCAGCGCACGGCUUAAAGUCGAGGCUCCAUCUGUCGAGUUCACUGCUAGACUACCAGAUAAGACAACCGUUCCCCAGGACACCGAUGCAAUUUUCGAGGUAGCUUUGUCGCAACCGGAUGCUGACGUCGUUUGGAUGAAGAAUGGUGAACCCAUUCCACUAGACCAAAGAUUCCAAUUUAUUAGCGAAAAAAAUGUUCGAAGGCUCGUGGUUCCCUGUGUCGACAAGGAUGACACUGCCGAGUACACUUGUGUUGCUGGCAAUGCCAAGACAUCGACAGUCCUUCACGUUGAAGACGCCGAGGCCCAGUUCACGCUUCGGUUACGUGAUGUGAUCGUCCGAGAGAGCGACACCGUGACUCUCUUGGUGGAAGUGUCCAGGGAAACGCUGGAGGUUCGUUGGCUGAAAGACGACGAUCCUCUUCACCCCACGGAGAAGGUCUUCGUCACAACUGAGGGCAAAAGCCGAAAGCUGAUCAUCCGCGAAAGUUCCGUGGACGACCAGGGCGUGUACUCCUGUGUCCUGAAGGACAAGAAAUGUUCGUCUACAGUCACAGUGCACGCUCCCCCACGAAUCAACACUGACAAACGUCAAGUAUCUGCCAAGAAAGGGGACACCCUCAAGGUGGAGAUUCCAUAUUCAGGCAUUCCCCAGCCAACCGCGACAUGGACCCUCAAUGGUCAGCCCAUCGAGCCGCGUAAGGGCAAAAUCGCCACGGACUUGAACCCGGAGACGGCCACCCUAACUAUCCAAAAGCUCGACGAUCCGGAUACGGGUCGCCUCACGCUCACCCUUCGAAAUAACUGCGGGGAGACCAGCAGAGACUUUACGGUAACCGCUCUUGUUCCGCCCUCCGCUCCGGGGACUCCAGAUGUCUCCGACGUGUCCGACACUGGUGCAGUAACGUUGUCCUGGAAGCCACCUGCAACGGACGGAGGUUCUCCCGUGACGCGAUACGUCGUGGAGUACCGCGACCGGAGCUCUUUACGGUGGACUACGUGGUCGAACGACGUUAAAGAAACGUUUACCCGAUUGACAAAGCUGAAGCCCACGCAAGAAUAUUCUUUCCGCGUCACUGCUGCGAAUGAGGUGGGACCGGGAGAACCUUCACCUGGUACCCGUUACGUUCGCUUGGAACCUAAAGGUGGUGAGCCUCCUGUCAUCCUGGAGCCACUGAAAGACCGCGCCGUAGGUCAAAACCAACCCGCAGAAUUGACCUGCAGAAUUGGCGGCCAGCCCAUUCCCACGCUCAAGUGGAUGAAGAACGGCAAGGACUUAGUAAUGAUCAGCAACCUGGCGGUAGAGUUCAAAGAUCAAAAUGCGACGUUGAAAAUCAAAGAAGCGACGGCGAAAUCUGUUGGAACGUACACCUGCAAGGCAACCAAUCAUUUGGGAUCAGUAGAAACCUCGUGUGCACUUAACGUUCAAGAUCCUCCAUCAGCAGAAUUUGAUCCUGUACUACGAAAUGUCCGCAAACGGAAGGGUGAAGAGUACAAACUGGAAGCCCGGAUCCAAGGCUUCCCAACUCCUAAAGUCGUCUGGUACUACAACGGGGCACCGUUGGCACCGACACCGCACGUCCGCGUCACGGAACGGGACAAAACGGUUACUUUAAUCAUCCACAGCAUAGAAGGCCCCGACACUGGCGUCUACACCCUGGAGCUGAGCAAUCCCGCUGGAACAGUUACUUACGACUUUAAGCUGCGGGUUCUCGACAAACCGGGAGUUCCCCAAGGGCCGUUGCAGUACCAGGACACGACAGCAAAGAGUAUACCCUUAUCGUGGGAGCCGCCCUUGGACGAUGGAGGAUCCACAAUUACUCACUAUGUCGUCGAACGAUGCGAAACACCACGGACUGUCUUUGUCCAGGUGGACAAAGCUGACACCGCUACUUACGUGGACAAGACCGUUCGGGAGGGCGCCGAAUACCGCUACCAGAUACGAGCCGUGAACGAGCUGGGCGCUAGCGACCCCCUAGUCGGAGAACCCGUCACAGCCUCUAGCCCUUAUGAACGACCGACCCCACCAACAGCACCGCUGGAGAUACGUGUGACAGGCCCCACUUCGAUGGACCUGUCUUGGGGCAAGCCCGAAUGGGACGGCGGUUCUCCACUGCUGGGCUACACGGCUGCCCUACGCGACAGCACGAGGAAAAUGUGGAUGGAGGUGGGACAAGUGGAUGCUGAAACGCUGCACCUGCACGUACGAGACCUACAAGAGGGCCGCCAGUACCAGGUGCGAAUUCUGGCACGAAAUGCCAUUGGAUUCUCGGACCCGUUGGAGUCGGAAGAACCGGUCACCAUUUUACGGCCACCAGGGUUCGAGGAAGAAGGCGUAGCAGCGGCUCCGGCCGGGCGAAGACGACGACGCACCGAAGAGGUGUCGGACAUGACAUGUACGACAGAAACGUCGUCCUCCUGGAUGCGGGAAGCCAACGUCGAACCUCUAGUACGCAGCUACACGAAACACGUCCUAGUCAGCAGACAUGAGUACUUCUUCAAACUGUGGCACUACGCCGACACCCUUUUCAAGUGAUCAUCAUGUCCUGCUCAUCGAGACUGUGUGUGGGUGUUAUCAAUGAACACUAUAUUUCACUUGUGAAUGAAAGAAGUCAAAUCGGCGCCACGUAUGGCGCCAAGCGCGCAUGUUGCUAGAUAUGAAUUGUUUCGGCACCGAACUUCUCAGUCCCAACGGCGCGACUGCAGUACUUGAGAGCUUAUAUCUUUCCUCAUAUCUUGCCAAAGCUACUGUAGAAAACUAUAGUUUACUACACUGUAGAGCUUAGUGUGAACUUUCCCGUUGAGUGAGUGGGGCGUCUGUAUCCCCCCUCCCCUCCCCCCGUCGGCUGCACUGGUGCCGUUGGGGACUGUAUAACAUAAAACAAAAAGCAGGAACUGGUACACCGCAGAGGUAAUCCUCACACAUUUACCAAUGUGAUCGCUGUAGUGCAUCAGUUCAUCCUUUCCAUGCCCUUACGUGCCAAUAAAGAAGUGCCGGCACAGAAA